AUGCAGUGCGAGGCAGAAACAUUAAACUACCCACAAGUGUGUAGGUUCUGUUUGGACCCGAACAGCCAAGAGGAACUGAUCACGCCAUGUGGGUGCUCCGGUCCAAAUCAAUAUGCACAUCGAUCUUGUUUAAAUGCGUACAGAAUUUUUAGUAACAACCCUGUCGCAUAUGGGAAGUGUAUGUUAUGUGGAGUGGACUAUACUUUUAAGCAUGUUAGAGAACAUUCAAUAGGGUUUCUCUUAUUUAAAUUUUCGAUGAAGCUUAUCUUUCAAAUAAUGAUGUUGGUCAUCGGGUUGUUUUUAUUGAUAUUUGUGUCGGGACUCAUACCAUAUGCAAUCGAUUCGUACUCAACGCAUUUGUUUCUUGCUAAAUACGAUGAAGUCGCCCAUUUUGCGGAUGAUCCCUAUUUUGUCCCAAGAGAUCUUGUGUUUGGUCUGUGCGUGGAUUGCUUCAUCCUCGGUAUUUGGAGCAUUAUCGGCAUGUUGGGGAGGUGUAUGUGUCGAGAUAAAGACGACGACGAAUUGGAGUUGAGUCACCAGGACACCGAACGUAUGGGCGCGUGUUGUGGACUUUCAAUAUGUUGCAUGCCUGUCGUGUACAAGUAUGGUCUUCUCAGUAAAUUGGGAUGCUGCUAUGCGUGCAAGUGUUGUCCAAACACCGUUCCGAAUUGCCUUGAUAUCUUAAAUUGUUGGCGAUGUUCAUUAAUGACAUGGAUGUGUUGUCGAUCAUGUGGGACAUGUUGUUAUGUGAGUCCAUAUCAAAAGACACAGUCAUCUGCGUGCAAUUGUGACUGUUCUGGUGAUUGUUGUGCUGACAGUUGUGCAUUGUGUUGUAUUGGGUGUGGCGAUUGUGGUCAUUCUUCUAACGCUGCUAUUCCUUCCAAUUGUAAUUGCUCGGGGUGUGACUGUGGCAAUUGUGGAGGAGGAAGUGGAAGUGGAGAUGGAUUAGGAGUCCUCGCGAUCAUAGUAAUAGUUAUAGUAGCGAUCAUUAUAUGUAUCGGUGCUAUUGCUGGGACACUUGCGUUGAUAUUUUUCAUCAUUUGCAUUGUUAAAAUCAACUUUGGGUAUGUCCGAAGACAAGCUGAUUGUGAGAUGUACAUCAUUGAUAAUUGGGAUGAAACGAAUCACCCUAUGCCAACACAACAACCCCCAAUGCCACAAGUCGCUAUACCGGUUGUUCUCACACAACCAGUCAUCCCCGUUGUUCAAGUCGUCCCACAAAAUCCAUUAGUGUUCCAACCACCUUCUGUUCCUAACGAAGUGCCUUAUACCAAUGGACCAUCACAUGGCCAAGAAGAAAUGCCAUUGAUGGGGACGGGCUCACAAAUCAUUUAA